CUAAUGGCAGAGGCUACAGGGAAACCCAUCCUUUGCUGCGGCUGCUACGCUGAAGGACGGUCCUCAGAGAAGUUGGAGGUUGCACCACCAUCUCCGGGACAACUGAAACAUGUGUUCUUCCACAAUGCAUUACCUUUUGUAGGGUUUGGAUUUUUGGAUAAUGCAAUUAUGAUUGCUGCGGGAACUCAAAUAGAAUUGUCAAUUGGAGUUAUCCUAGGAAUUUCAACUAUGGCAGCUGCUGCUUUGGGAAACCUUGUUUCAGAUUUAGCUGGACUGGGUCUUGCAGGUUAUGUAGAAGCUUUAGCUUCACGACUGGGUCUGUCAAUCCCUGAUCUGACACCCAAACAAGCUGAUAUGUGGCAAACGCGUCUCAGCGCACACUUGGGUAAAGCUAUUGGAGUGACCAUUGGCUGCAUUUUAGGAAUGUUUCCUUUGUUGUUCUUUGGCGAUGAGGAAGAAAAACUGGAAGAAAAGAAUUAACCUUUUUACAAGACAUAUACAAAUGUAAACUACUGUACCUCAAUUAUUCAAUUACGCUGUCAAUAUUUAGGAAUUAACAGACAUAAAAAAAUGUAUAGACUUGGGAACAAAACCUUCAGCAUGUCGUUUUAUGGAAACACUAAUUUAUUGUGGCUUUGUGUUCCGUACUUUUUAUAAGAUAUCAUCUAACUUUUUAUUUAAUUGUAAAUUUUUGAAGUGUUUUCACUUAUGGAAACUGAUGUUUACCACUUUCCCCUUUGACCUUAUUCUUUAAUGGAUUAUUACUUUCAUAAUCCACCAUGGAUGACAGUAUCACUCCUGAGUUGCAUAUUGGUUGCUUAACAGUUGUAAUUGCAUGACAAAAAUUUCACUACUGUUCAUCAGGUCCUUCAAUGCAGAUUAUUAAGGAGGUCAGUGAUGAGUGAUUUGAAGUCCCUCACUUAGCAAGAUGACUGGUUGCCCCCUCACCAGGCACCGUUUUGCACUGCCUUUAGGUCAGAUGUAUUGGUGAUCCAUGACAGUCUAGUUUGCAUUUUUUCACAAUUCUGACUAAGUGUCUCUGAAUUGUCUUCUGAGAUGGGUAUUUUAAUGCUUUGACAAGGUAAGUGUUUCCAGUGUAGGCUCUUUAUCAAGUCCAUUUUUUUAGUGGUGCUUUAACACCUUCUGUACUUCCAUAUUCAUGCUUUUUUUUCCCCUUUGUAAACAAUAUUUUGGGAAUUGAGUUGAGAUAUCCUUAAAUUUGUCUCCUGGAUUUUGAGUGUGAUGUUAAAGAAUUCAGACCAACUAUUUCAAAAAGACAGCUUUUUUAUUGUUCUGCUUAAAAUAAGGUGUGAAUAGUUGAUUGAGGGGAUGAGG